AUGGCACCUAAAUUUGACGUGGGUGCAGAGAUUGACCGAUUGACAGCGAAGAGCGAAAUGUAUUUUUCAAUAAUACAAGAAACGUAUGACAUUUCUCUACAAAUUACCACCAAUACGGCAAGUAAGUUAAAAUUUCUUGAAAAAUUACACCUUAUUGAAAAUGCACGAGAACAAUGCAUAAAAUUAAGCGACGAAAUAAACAAAUUAAGAUAUUUAGAGGAUCCGAGUUUUGUACCUGAGUAUGCCGACAUGAGGGCCUUGGAAAUUUUGUACGGAAAAAUCAAACAUAUAGAAAAAAUGUUGGAUAAUCAAAAUAUAAGUAAUUCGCCAAUACCGGACAGUGUUCCAAAUCAUCAUUUACCAUCCAUAGAAGUUCCAAAAUUUUCCGGCAAUAUACAACAAUGGCCUUUAUUUUAUGAAACCUUUAGAGCAUUAAUUCAUGAAAAUACAAGAUUAGAUAACGUAUCCAAAUUUCAUUUUUUAAAAGGUGCGUUAGAAGGUUCGGUAUUAAAAAUUUUUAAUUCCAUACUACCAACUGCAGAUAAUUAUCCGAUUUUAUGGGAAGCACUAUUAAAAAAAUACCAGAAUAAAAGAUAUUUAGCCACCACUUACUUUAAACAGCUCUUAUCGUUCAAAACUAUUACAUCAUCACAAAUAGACCUAUUUCUGGAACAAUUCGAUACAGCUGUACAAGCCCUUUCACAAUUAAACCUUCAAGAUGCAUUUGAUUUUAUGAUAAUGUCUAUGGCAUUCUCAAAACUCGAUCCCGGUCUGCAAGAGAAAUUUGAACAUUCUUAUCAAGGAGAAUUUCCUAAAUACCAAGACCUCCUCAAAUUUCUCCAUAAGUCGCAACAAGCGAAAAAUCAAGUAUAUUGUAUGACGAGUAUGACUAACAAUUACACAUAUGAUAAACCUAAUGAUAAAAAUACAACAUCUAGACUGUCAUCAUUUAUGAAAUAUGAUUAUAAAUGUCUUGUUUGCCGGGAAAAACAUAGAACAUUUACAUGUUCAAAAUUUCUUGCAAUGAAUAUUCCUGAUCGGCGAGCAAUUAUUCAGAAAUUACAUCUAUGUGUAAAUUGUUUAAGCCAUAAGACGACAGUUGCGUGUCGAUCGAAUAGAACUUGUCUUAUAUGUGAGGAACCGCAUCAUACAUUACUGCAUAUUGAUAAAAAUCUUGCGAAUACAAAUCAAGGUAAUCCGUCUAAUUUUAAAUCUAAUAAUACAGUUUUAUGCACUACCAGUAACAACAAACUCGCGCAUAAUACAACAAUAUUGCCGACAGCUGUAACAAAGGUUUCUACCAAAAAGAAAAAUACUCCACUACGUACUAUAAUUGAUUCAGCAAGUGAUAAAAAUUUUGUUACAUUAGCUUGGUGUAGAAAGGCCCAUUUGAAAGUUCAACCAUUUUCAGCCAAAGUAAUUGGAUUAGGAAAUUCGUCACAAAACGUAAUAGGAUUGGUUAACUUCACUUUAAAAUCCACAAUCAAUCCACAUCAAUUGCCAGUAUGUGCAUACGUUGUGCAAGAAAUUGUGAGAAAACAACCACAAACCACGAUUCCAGUAUCAUCAAUCCAAUCAUUCUUGAAGUACCCACUAGCGGAUCCAAAGUUUUAUGUGCCUCAAACGGUCGACGGCAUAUUAGGAUGUGAUGUUUUCAGCGAAGUCAUGGGUACUAAUAAGGUGAAAAGUGGUCAAGGAUUACCUAUAGCACUAGAAACCCGAUUGGGUUAUAUAAUAAUGGGUUCGAUAUCAAAUUUACUUCAACCUUCAAGUACUUUUACGCAAUAUUAUUAA